GUACUUCGCACGGACCAUCACCGCCUCGCCCGCCGCCCGGCAAAAUCAGAAAAAAGUUUCAUUCGCGCAUCACCGCAACGAAGUCUCCGUAACUCCAACAAUCCUUUACCUCAAUCAUUCACAAUGAGGGCCAAACGCUCCAAGAAGUACCGCAAGCUCAUGCACCAGUAUGAGAUGACAUUUGGCUUCCGUGAGCCCUACCAAGUGCUCGUCGACUCGAACUUCCUGCAUGCCGUCGACCAAUUCAAGAUGGAUCUGCUCCCUGCUCUUGAGCGGACUCUUCAAGGCACACCCAAGCCACUCCUCACAAAGUGUUCCCUCGCAGCCAUUAUGGCCAAGCAACCCAUCAACCCCAGAACCAACACACCCUAUCGUCCCAUGCAUCUCCCCCCACCAACAAUUCUGCCCCUCCGCCACUGCAGUCACAACGCAGAACACACCCCCAUCGACGAGGUGGAAUGUCUGCUCUCCCUCCUUUCGCCCAAUGCUGAAGUAAAGAAGAACAAAGAGCAUUACAUCCUCGCUACUGCCGACCCGCCAGCAGCCAAGAAAAGCGACAAGGCAGACAACCCGGCACAGCGCAAGCGCAAGACCGAAGAGGAGCGCGAAGAGGAGCGCGCAAUGCGCCGCUCGAGAGCUUUGCGUUUCGGCGCGCGCUCUAUCCCCGGUGUGCCUAUUAUUUACGUGAAGCGCUCGGUGAUGGUUCUCGAGCCUCUGAGCACACAAACUGAGGCUGUGCGUGAUGGUCACGAGAUGGGCAAAUUCCGCGCUGGAUUGGAUGACCCUGAGCUUGGGGCUAAGAGAAAACACGAUGGCGAAGGCGAAGAUGGUGGCGAGAGGAAGAAGAUCCCCGGUUUGAAGAAGGCCAAGGGACCUAACCCUAUGAGUAUGAAGAAGCCGAAGAAGAGAGUUGACGCCAAUGCCGGUGGUGCAAAGAAGGAGCGGGUCGAGACUGAAGUUGCCGAGGCAGAGGCAGAGGGUGAGCAUUCUGGUGCUGCUAAGACUAAGCGGAGACGCCGCCAUCAUAAGGGUGGUGACGCUGAUGCUGCCCCAGUGGCUGAGGCUGAAAUGGACGCAUAA